UUUCCGGCACGAGUCUGUUCGUCAAUCUAGUACAGUCGCUCAUGCAAAAUCGUUGUUUUUUACUUAAGAUACUAUUUUUUCUCUCAUGAUAUAUUAUUUUAAAUUAAUAACAAUACCAUAGAGCAGUUUAUUUGAUUAUUUAUGUGUAUAAGUGUUACUGUGUGGUUUUUUUUUUUUAAUCAACCAAAAAUAAUUUAAAAAAACAGAAUCAUUAUGGCAAAAUUAAAUAGCAUGGUUAUUUUUUGCUUAGUUCAACUAACGCUGAGCGAAGAUCGAAUAUCCGUGGAUACAGUAGGUACAAUAACAGCUACUGCCGGUUAUUCUAUAGCAGAUAAUCAUUCUCCUACAAUUAAAAGUCUGACUUCAAGUAUAGAAUUUUCUGGUGAUCACGAUUCUUCUAAAGAGACGUCUUCGUCAAGUGAAGCUUAUACGUCAUUAUCACCUGGCGUCCGAAGUUCACAAAGCUUGUCAUUACGAUCCAGACAAGCCAGAGGCAAAUCGUCGAGCCAGAUGUGGAGCGCUGAAGAAAAAGACCAUGAUAAUCCAUCUUUUUCAUUGACCGAUCAUCGAAUGAAUGAACAACUAUAUAAUGUCAAGCCUCAAACAUUUGACAAUCAAUCACCACAGUCAUCAGAUGUAAAGAGUAAUGAAAGUGUCGAGAAGUCUGUGCCAUCAAUCACGUAUGGAAAAAAGAUGCAUAAAAACGAUGAACACGACGAUCGGCCAGUUUUCAACGAUUGGUCCCAAGAAGUGCAUAUGGCAUUUGACAACAACAAAUCAAUUAGAUCACGCCGAAAGAAUAAACACCAAUUGGACACUGAACAAGAAAAAAGGAAAACGCAGAACAAAAAAUUAACGGAAGACAGUAGUAAUAAUAAAGAUGGCUGGCAAGAAUUAAGUCCCAAUAUGGAAAUCGCUACUGGCAUUAUUACAUCAGUUCAAGAGCAUGAUUCUUCACGAGAAUCAUCUGGUAGUUCAGAAUUGUUCAAGGCCAUUCGUAAUCCGGACCUGUACCACGAGGACAGAAUUUCCAGCGUGGAGGACGACGUACACCAGACCGAACCGCCGCAGAACUUCGACCACAAGCAGGUGCUGUCGAAAAUGAAUCAUUUCGACUUCAGCAACGCCGUGUCGCAGGCCAACAAGACGCCGCCGCCCAGGGAGAAGCGGUUGAACUACUUGCAGCCGGGCGGCGGCGGGAGCGGCCCGCCGGUGGCCAGGUACCCGUACACCGGCGGCGGGCCGCUGCAACAGCCGUCGCAGGUGCAGAUGGUCGGACCCUCUUCGCAGCCGCACUCGGCCGCAAUCAACGCAGCCACCGCCGUCAAGUCCGUGAAAAUCGAACAACCGUCGGCGACGCCCAACUACCACAGCAUCGUUGUUCCCAUACCCAUAUCGCACCAGAUGUACGCGUCCAUCGGCGGCGACUCGUCGUCCCCCGUCCACGGCCACCAGUUGGCCAGCAGCACUGUGCAGCAGGCGAUGAUGUCACUGCCGGUCGUGCACAACGUGUUCUUCAAGACGGACGAGAACGGCGGCGGCAAGACCAUGCCGGCCAUCGUGAUACCCCUGAAACCGGAAUACCUGCACCAAUUGCAGCAACAGCACUUCGCGCACGCGCAACAGCAACAGUCGGCGGCCGACGACUCGCUGAACGCUGCCGGACACCAGCGGCCGGUGCACCAGGGGGCCAAAGCGUUGCAGUUCCAACAGCUCCACCAUCAGCAGCAGCAGCAACAGCCGUCCACGUCGGCGUCACCGUCGUCGCUGACGCCUUCGCCGUACCCGCAAAAGCCGAAAGCCGCCAAAGUGAAAAAACCGUUUGGCCUGCAGAUGAAGGACAACGACCUGCAGCACCGCGUCAAGCAGCCGUUCGGCCUGCAACAUCAGUUCUACAACAGCCCGUUUGUGGGCGGAGGCGGAGGCGGCCACGUGCAGCUACACCACGCCGGUCACCAGCAGCAACACGGCGGCGGCAGCGGCCAGCAACACCCGCAGCACGAUCCGUCCGACGACUCGCGGUACGCGCAGACAGGCGUCGCGCCCGAUUCCGUCCCCAUCCACUCGUUUCCGGGCACCGGCCACCCCAUUGUCGUGAAGCGGCCGCACGCUUACGGUUACGCGUCACCCGCCUCCCCGACGUCGACCAAGUACUCGCAAGCCGUAAACAAGCCGCCGCAACUGCACCAUCACAGCCACAACAACCACCAUCAUCAUCACCACAACAACAACAACAACCUGCACCAUCACCAUCAACAGCAGCAACAGCAACAGCAGCAACCGUCCACUGAGGAGCUGGCCACGGCCAUCGCCCAACAGCAACUGUUACAGCAACCGUACAAGGCGACCACGUACCAUCCGGGUUACGCGUACCUCAACGGGCCGGAUGACGAUUUCCCGUACAAGCCCAUUUACAAGGACAUGAACAAGCGCAACGACGUGCUGGUCGUCCGGACCGCCUGAGGCCGAUGAACGACGGUCUGAUUUCACACCGACCACCUAUUACCUAUACAUUACCUAUUAUAUUUUAUGCGCUAUAAUAGUGUUAUUAAUUAUUAUAAUUAUACACGUAUACGUAGGCAGACACGUUGGCGCCUUGGAGUGAGAAGGUUUGAGCAGGAAACACCCGUGACAUUUUUUUGUUUUUUCAUAUUUCGGUAUCACCUGUUUUCGUUCGCAUACUAUACAAUUACGUAAAUUAAUAAUUACAAAAAAGAAGAACCCUCCAACAUAAAUAUUUCCUCGUGUGCGUGCCCGUGUAUGCGCAUAUAUUAUAUUAUAUACGUACACCUAUAUGUCCUGUAUAAAGACUAAAAUGCUUAGAUAAAAUAACGUAAAUUACUAUUGUUAUUAUUUUUAUGCGAUAAAUUAUUAUUUUAAGUAUUUCUAUAUUAUGUUUUAUGCAAAAUUGUGUUUAUUGAGUCGUAUUAUAGUAACUAUAUAUUAUAAUAUAUUGUGCAAUUCGCCAUAGUAUUCGCGAAAAAUAAAUCAAUAUAUAAUAUUACACAUACAUAAUACUUCGAAAGAAUCUAAUAUUUUUAUUCUAAUCGAAUUCCGUUUUAAAGGCACACCAUCGAUAAACACAGUAGAUUAUGCUGCAGCAACCUACUUAACCUAAUUAUCUUCGAACGGUUAUGUGUGCAUACUUUCGAUUUGACUGCAAUAUUACGAAUAGUACAAAUAUCCAAAGUAAGAAAUUUCUCGACGACACGUGGUCUUCAAUAAUAAUAUAAGUCUAGGUACGAUGUACAUUAUGGUUUAUGGUCAAAUUCUGCAGACACACUUCUGUAUUGUUUUUAUCCCUCUCAUCCCCCUUCCAUUUCAUACAACACCCUUAAGUGGAUAAUCGUUGCUAAAUUUUACGCUUGUGAAAUGUCUCGGCUGUGUUUGCGUUGCUUUCACAGAUAUAUAUAAUAUAAUUAUGCAUAUAUAUACACAAAAUAUGUCCGUAUUAUUCCAAUUCGUCCAUUAAAAUGCGAUUUCCAAGAGAAAUGUAGUAGAAUUAGUGUACCUACAAAUUGAGUAAACAUACAUUAGUAUAUAUAUAUAUAUGUAUGUAUAGUAAAUGGUCAUUGCAACAAUUUUUUUUUUUUUAAUACUAUCAACGAAAUGAAAUGCGAACACACCGAUUUACGCACGAUUAUACCAUCUUGCGAAUCCGUUACGAUGUUAUUUCGUCCGUCAUUAUUCGAAGGAAUAGUAUCAUUAUUCCAUAUACAUGCCCAUUAAUAAAAUAUCAAAUUCGUUUCAAAGUCAACGGACCUUGUCGUUUUCAUUUUGUAAAUGCUGUUACUUCGCAUGACCGCGUGUACCUAUGCAGUUAAUGAUUCGAACGGUUAAUAUUCAUGUUUAAAUAUUAAUAUCGUACGAUAGAUAUUAUAUAUUCUUAUUUCUAUACAUGCCUAGUGGUUUUAUUUUUACGAUAUUAAAAAUAAAAAUGUAUUUACUUCUUAUUUUUAUUAAAACACUAAAAUACCUUCCACUAAAUAACUGAUUAAUAACCUAUUAAAAUGCAUAGUGUUGAG